GAGCGCGAACAACGGAACACAAAAUAAAUAAGAUAAAGUUUCAUGUCGUCUGCGCUGUUUGAAUCCGAGAAAAUCCAUGGAUUAUAAUGGUCAUAUAAACAUUAAUAAGACUCGGGGAUAAGCCAGUUUUGUUCCAACUGCAAACACCACAUACAACUACUGUGUGGAGUCCACCCACCUAACAUGCGUACCCUGUCCCCUCCGCCAACAACCUCCAGUGGUAACUGCUGCCCCUUGGUGGUGCCAUCUCAAAACUCCUACCGCAUGGUGGUGUUGGGCGCCUCUCGUGUUGGCAAGACGGCUCUAGUGUCACGGUUCCUGAAGGGCCACUAUGAAGACCAGUACACCCCGACUUUGGAGGACUUUCACCGUAAAGUGUACAACAUUCGUGGAGAUAUGUACCAGUUGGAUAUUCUGGACACCUCAGGAAAUCAGCCUUUCCCAGCCAUGAGACGACUUGCAAUUCUCACCGGGGACAUCUUCCUACUUGUCUUCAGUUUGGAUGAUAGAGACUCUUUAGAAGAGGCCCUGAGGCUACGGCAGCAGAUUCUGGAUGUUAAGUCCUGCCUACGAGAUCGCACAUUAAGCUCAACUAAUGGAGCCAACCGAGGAAUCGCUGAGAUGGUUGUCCCCAUGGCUCUGUGUGGCAACAAGAGUGACAGAGGACCAGAUGCCCGAGUUGUACCCUCAGCUAGAGAAGUGGAAAAGAUGUUGUUGUCCCGGAGCAAAGAAGAGAGUGGUGUGAUCAUUGGGGACAUGGGAGAUGUUGAGGACUGCUGCCUUUAUUUUGAGGUCUCUGCCCGACGUGACUCCAACGUGGAUGCCCUCUUCCGCUCCCUGUUUGGCAUUGCCGGUCUACCACAUGAAAUGAGCCCUUCUUUGCACCGCAAGCUCUCUGCCAGUCCUCAAGACUUCCAGCUUCAGCUCGUGGCCUCGCAAAAGCAACGCAGGAGUCAGCGCAGAUCCUUCCGUCGGAUGCGGGGCCGACGCCUCAAGGAAGACCCACCACCCCAGCAAGAGCACGCUUUUGGAAUGAUAUCACCCUUUGCCCGCCGGCCCAGCGUCAAUUCAGAUCUAAAGUAUGUCCGGUCCAAGAUUCUGGGAGGUCAUGCUGCAGGCCAGGGCCGGGACAGAGACAGGUGUUCUAUUCAAUGAAAGGACUCCAUGAGAGUCACAGCUUUACUGAAAGCCUGGCCCGGUGCCCUAAUGGACGUGGCUGGCAAUCUGGGACUCCUGCUCUGUCAACUCUAAAUAAGGAAUGUUGUUCACUGAAAUUUAAGUUUAGAAAUGUCUCUUUUGUCAUCUUUAGCAGGUCUCCUAGCUAUUUAUUAGCUCUUUAGCUAAUUCGCUCUUUCAGAAGCCUUUUGUAUUUCUUACUGUCCGGGAUGGUCACUUUCUGUUUAGGAGGAGGGAAGUGUUUGCCAUUUCACGUGGCUGUCAGCUGUAUGUCACUCAGCCAGCUAUGACGUCCACACUUUGGUCACUGUCUGCUUAGGUCAUGCACAACUGGACCCUUGUCACUUAAAGUGCUUUUGUGUUUUUCUAAUAUGAUAGUUGACAGCCUGGCAAGUUACAAAAGGUGUGGUCGACAUUUCUUAUAACAGAUUUAUAACUUCUUAGGGGUAGCUGGAUACAUACUGGCUAGAUUAGUUAUAUAUUAGCUGUGAAAAUGGCUGUCGGUUAGCACAUAUUCAUUCUAGAUGUCUAUACCAGGCAGUCAUUUUUUUCUUGCUGGGUCAUCUUUAUUAAUUUAAGUUCAGUCUUAACUGGCUGCUAUGGGCUUACUGGUUAACACAAAGAGGGUAUUAGCCUGGCAAAUGUGCAGUAGGCCAGGUCGAUAAUGAGAAAGGCCCUGGUCUUAUAUAGCACCUUUCUUUCACGAGGGUGCUUUAAACAUACACAGUGAUAGUGCAAUUGUAUAUACAUAUACUGUAUAUAUACAUUUAUUUUUUAUAGGUUAAGCGACUUGCUCAGGAUUUCAGGAUUACUGGAUCAGUUACUAAACAGAAUGCUUUGGUCAGUAGGCCGCACAAUCGGCAGGUAGCUCUUGAGGAUGGGCCAUUAUCAGCUCAUUCCAGGUCUGACGUGUUUAAAAUAUCGCAGCCUUACAGUUCUUUUCGAGAGCUACUCGCUAACAUUGGAUUAGAAGAAGAGGGAGACCAAUUUAUAUUAUGCAGUUGCUCAUUCUGGCGAGUAUAUAGCACUUUUCCGAUUGGUAAAAAAGACAUUCCACAGUUUCGUUCUUUUCACCAACCUCAUGUGAAGAGCUAAUAGCUUUUUUCUUUUUUUCCAAGUCAACCUGUCCAGAACUUUAUGAAGCAAAGGUGUAUCCAGAAUUGCUUGUCAGUUGGAUGCUCGCAUUUCUAACUGUCCCUGUUUGAGGGAGCUGAGGGUCACUAGUUGAGUAUGAUCAAAAGAGGUGGCAACACACAGAAAUGUUGGGAGGGCCUUACAAGUCUCCUGUAAAUAUCGCUGUUUGUUUGGCAGUUUACUCGGCCUCUAGAUAGCCUUAUGCAGUAUACUGUUGUAAAUGCUAUGUAUAUGUAUGGGGUUUUGUUUUGUGAAUUGUGCAUGUUUUCAAUUUAAUUGGAAGCAAAGAGACGAGUUAAAGUUUGUGACUCUUCCUUAAAAUACCUGGUAUCCAAUGGUUUGCUUUUGGGAAUCUAAAAAAAACAAACAAACUGUGCAUUCCAGAAUUCAACAAGAUGAACAGCAGGCUAUCCUGAAAUGGAAGCCUUUAAAAAAAAUUAUAUUAUGACAGUCUUCCCUGGAGCCUGUGGGAAUGCAAAGUUGUGGAAGUGCAAGUCACCUCAUGAGGAGCUCUGUGGACUCUAUGAUGACCUGACCUGGGAGUUCAGCACUGGACAACUCCUAAGGAGGGGGGG